AUGGAAAGAUUAGGUUUUCAUCAAACCUGGAUUCGCUGGCUCAUGCAAUGUAUCAAAACAGUCUCUUACUCUUUCCUGAUAAAUGACCAAGCAAAAGGACUGGUGACGCCUCAACGUGGAAUCCGUCAAGGGGAUCCUCUAUCCCCCUACAUCUUCAUCAUCUGCAGCGAAGUGCUCUCAGGACUUUGCUUGAAAGCACAGAGAGAGGGUAACCUAAUUGGUGUCAAGGUUGCAAAAGGAAGUCCUAGGGUUAAUCACCUCCUUUUUGCAGAUGAUACUAUGUUCUUCAUACGAGCAGAUCAACACAGUUGCUUAACUCUCAAGAACAUCCUACAUAAAUACGAGGCAGCGUCAGGACAGAAAAUCAACCAGUCCAAAUCCUCCAUAACUUUCUCUGCAAAAACCCCUAUGUACAUGAGAACUCAGGCUAAGGACGUACUUGAAAUCCAGAAGGAGGGAGGUCAAGGGAAAUAUCUAGGUCUACCUGAGCUAUUUGGAAGAAAGAAAAAGGAUCUAUUUACCUCUAUUGUGGAUCGCAUUAAACAAAAAGCUCUCAGUUGGUCUUCCCGCUUCUUAUCUACGGCUGGGAAGCUAACCAUGCUCAAGUCAGUUCUAUCCGCCAUGCCAACCUAUACCAUGUCGUGCUUCCAUCUACCUGGUUUAUUAUGCAAAAGAAUUCAGUCAGCUCUUACAAGGUUUUGGUGGGAUACGAAUACUGAAAAGAAGAAAAUGUCAUGGAUUGCUUGGAGGAAAAUCACAAAACCGACAAAGUUUGGAGGUCUAGGAAUCAGAGAUAUCAAACACUUUAAUAAGGCACUAUUGGCAAAGCUAAGUUGGAGAUUACUAACAAAACCACACACACUCCUGGCAAGAGUACUACUCGGUAAAUACUGCAAAAACUUAUCUUUAUUGGACUGCAAGAUUCCCUCCUCAGCCUCCCAUGGUUGGCGAAGCAUUGGAAUGGGCAGAGACUUGUUAAAAUCAAAGCUUGGGAGAGUAAUAGGCUCCGGUGCAAAUACACCAAUAUGGCGAACCCCUUGGCUCUCUACCAGCUCCCCUUUAGCCCCUAUAGGUCCACCAACUGAAGCCUCCCAACACCUCAACGUUGCUGACCUUCUCCUACCAAACUCCAGGGGCUGGAAUGUGGACCUUAUCAAACACAUCCUCCCGGCGUUCGAACAAGAUAUACUGCUACUGAAACCAAGUUUCCAGGGAGCAGAGGAUAUCUGGGCUUGGCUACCCACCAAAGAUGGCUGCUACACGGCAAAAUCUGGUUACUUUGAAUCCACUAACCACGAGCCUGAGCCCCCGGUAACUAACCCCAUUAUCCCCUCGAGUGAGCUUCAAUUUGACUGGCAAAGGAACAUCUGGGCACUCAAAACCUCUCCGAAAACUAAGCUUUUGCUUUGGAAAGCCUCACAGAACGCCCUCCCUGUAGGUGCAAACCUUCUCCACCGAGCAAUCAGCGAAUCAGCAAAAUGCCCUUAUUGCGAUGAAGAGGAAACGAUCACACACUUGUUCUUCCAUUGUGCCUUCGCUCGCAAGAUCUGGGAAUUGCUCCCAGUUAAGACAUCAAUACAGUUGAAUGAUGUAACCUCAAUAAGACAAGGUAUCGAAGUGUCGAAUAGACUUAUAUGCUUACCUCCAACUGGUGUGGGUACUGGACCAAUCAGUCCCUGGCUGUUAUGGUCGAUCUGGUCAUCCCGAAAUCAAUUAAUCUUCAGCAAAAGACGGAUCUCGGAGGAUGAAACUUUGCAAAUUGCCUUGGUAAGAGCCAAAGAAUGGCAAAAUGCGCAAGUUUCGUGUGUCAGACCCGAUCCACCCCAAAAAUCACACCUUAACCCUCCAAAUCCCAGACCUAAUCUGAUCUGUUUCACUGACGCUGCUUGGAGAAAUGAUGUCGCAGGUUUAGGUUGGGUUUUCAAGGGCCCGAACGACCUGGUGAUAAAGGAAGGUUCUGCCUCGAUGAACCACGUAAGCUCACCCUUGAUGGCCGAAGCACUGGAAACUCUUACCGCGAUAAGAGUUGCCCUUGAAUCGAACAUCACAGAGCUCUCUUUCGCUUCUGACUCGCUCAUGCUGGUCCAAGCUCUUAACAAGAAGAUCCAAUUGAAGGAACUUCACGGGACUCUUCAUGAUGUCCUCGAUCUAUCCUCUAAUUUCACUAGUUGCUCGUUUAAUUUCAUUUCUAGAUCUCAGAAUCAGCAAGCCGAUUGUUUGGCUAAGGAAGCUCUCAGUCUGUUUAUGAACCUUUAA